AUUACCGAGAGCGUUUUGUACAUACAUCGCUUAUAAAGAUCAAGGAAAAUUGAGUACGGAACGCAAAAUCGUACAAUUCGGCUGAUUUUUGACGUGGACAUCGCUCAUAUUUCGCAUUUUAGCGGGUAGUUCAGUUUCAGGCCCCCGGUCUUUUUCGAAUCGCGGGCAUUGGUUCGAAAAUUGACAGGAUCCGCAAGAAAGUUUGCUUAGUGACAGUUCGCGCAAAGACUGUUCAAUAUCUAAGAGGCAAGUUUAUUAGAGACUGUGCGUUCAGUGCCGGCCCGAACAUCUGUAAAUCGAGAUGUUUUAUUGAUCGCUUGGCUUGCUGAUUUCUAAUAAUUUAAGGUGUCCGUUUCGCGUUCUUCGCUUGGAAUGUUUACGCGCGUUCCGUGUUCCCGCCAAACGCGUGUGCAGCAAACAUGGGCCUCCAUUUUGAGUAACUUCCUUGCAACGAGCAAUGACCGGUGUCAGAGCAAUGUUUAUGAGUCUUUUCCACGCUUCCAUUGUUUGUCAUAAUGGAGGCUAUCUUAGUAACGGACUGGAAAGAAAUCGCGUAGUACUAAGUGAAGAUUAACCAAGAUAUUUGAAACGAACGAAACCAAAACAUGGGCUGUAAUGCAUCAGUUGAAGACGGAGAGGAAAACCCUCAAAGUUCGGCUCUUGGAAAGUCCGAAAAAGGUGAGUUAAGUUUGCAGAGAAUAUGUUUUUAUCAGUUGCAAUUAUAAACAAAUUUCGAGCGAUAUAAGCCAGCUGACGAGCUAACUUAGCCCGAUUUCAAUACUCAAUUUCAUGAAUUCGCUCAUUUGUUUUCGUUUAUUACGUACUCGUUUUGAAUCGUCCAUAAAAUUGAUACAGUAAACGAUUAAAACAGCAUUAUCUACAAGCAAUAUUUGAAAACCCCAAGUUGAAGAGGAUUAAGGAAGUUCUCUUAACUUACAUGAUUUAUUUGCAUAGAUACUCUUGUCGAUUCAUGCUUUUUUCUACGUAAGUCUCGUUUGUUUUACAGCCAUACGGUCAGCAAUUUUAAUACAAAACUGGUUCAGACGGUACCGAGCUCGUCUUGAAGCUCGACGGAGAUGCACUUGGAAAAUCUUUCAAAGCGUUGAAUACGCUGGGGAACAGGAUCAAUUGAAGGUAACACUUAUCUUUUAAAUUAUAUUGUCAUCUUUGUUCUACUCCAAUAAUUACUUUCCACUUCGAGAAAAUAUUGUUUCCGUUCAUCGUGAGUAUAACACUCUAAAAUCUGUAGUGUUUUUGAAUGAAAUCGACAUUUCCCGCUUUGAAUUUUUUAAACUCCAAUUCAUGGCUUCGGGAAAAAUUUGUUUUACACAUCGAAUCUCGUCAAAUCCACCAAUUUAAUCGUUAGUCUUCCUGUUUUGAGGUGCAAAUUCGCUGGCUUCAAUAAUAUUAAAACCCUGUCAUGCGAAAGUGUAAAAUUCGAUUAACAGCUUUUAGGCUCCAGGUUCUAUACAUGUUAAUAAAACAUGGUUAGUAAACUUUAUUUCGUGCUUAUAUUUUGAAAUCCCAUUUGGGCUAGUUUAUAUAAACUAAACACUUAAAAAACUCAAAUAUGUUAAUAUUUUCUGUUAACCAACUCAAUUGAUUAUUUUGUUUUGAAAAUAUGGUAGCGAUUUUUCUAUUAAUAAGCUCAAGUCUUAUAACUUGUCUGUUUACAGUUUUAAAUAAUUAUUGUUGUCUGUUUUGACCAUAUGGGGGGUACAAAUUACCAUAAUACUGCAAUACGUUUGGUAAAAUUCACAAAAUUUUGGCAGAUUUAAUGUUUCCUAAAUAACUCAAAAUAAGUCAAAAAUUAAGGUUGGUGAUUAUAAAGAGAAAACAGACUGAAGGCAAGAAGCCAGCCGUUCACACAUUUCUAUCAGUCUCCCAAAGUGCUCAAAUUUCCCCUGUUAUUAGUUAUUUAUGAAGUCGCUGCCAUGUCUAGCUUGACAGGUGCUUGGUUUUUUAUUUAUAAUAAUGCCAACGUAAUUAUUAUUUUACGAAUAAAAGUAUAAGAUUUUCAUGCAGGUUUUCCAAGGCAAAAUAGAAUAUAAAUUUUAAAGUUUCCUCUUUUAUUUCAAUAUAUACCCUGAAAAAAUUAUUUCAUAAAACCAUAAGGAAUUUACAAGAAUGUACUGGUAUAUUAUAAACUGCAUAUACACUGGGAAGGUUUGAACCCAGGAAUCAUUGUAUAAGUACGUUGAGCAUCGUCCAGGUGAAUGUAUAGUUCUGAAUGGGACUGUUGUUGACAUUGACUGACGUCAACAUCAACUGAUAUGAUACAACUAGUUGUCACGUUAACUCUGGACAUGACUACCGCACUGAGGUUGUCAAAACGUCAGUCACCGUCAACAACAGUCCUAUUCACGACUACAUGUACGUUCACCCGGACAAUCAUGCUCAACCUUCUCAUGCAUAAACACUCUUAAUAAAAAAAACUGUAUCCCAACAUCAGCAUUCAGCAAUCACAUCUGAUUAAUGAUUAUAUGAAAACCUGCCCUGAGUAUUCAGUGUAAUAAUGAUGUUGAGUGAAAUUAGGAGUUAUUUCAUAUAACUGAUUACAUUUACUGCCCUCAAAAAGUGUAAAAAAGGGAAUGCAAUAUGCUUGAAAUUAUUCUAGUACAAGGUUUUUGUCCACUGAAAAUUAAGAUUGCUCAUCUUAAUGGAUUCUGUCCUAACAUGAUUCAUGCAUGGAAUAUAUAUAGAAAAAGAAGGAGUUUUAAAAUUUAUUUCUAAAUUGAUUCUUUCAGUAUUACUGGCAUGAGAAUUCAGUUCUCUCAUAUAACUGUUAAUAGCUGCUUCCUAGAAAAACUUGGAAAACAAUAUUUUCUCAAUCAACUUAAGCCAAACAAAAUUAUCUGUUUUAUUUUUUUGUUUUGCAGCUUUUUAACUUCUUCAAUGAUGUGCUUACCCAUGUUGGUGAUGGUAAGCUAAUAAUAUAGAAAAUAUUCAAACUAUUGCCAUCAUUAUUGAUCCUUUUCUGUAACUUUUUUAUGUUUGUUGUUCUCUAACAGUUACUAUAUUAUAUAUUAACUUCUUUUGUUACAGGAGAGAACAAAGCUGUAGGAAACAUGCGAAAUGGUUCUGCAAGUAUGUGGCCAACUUUCCUAGUAGUGGAAAGGCUAUCUAUUUAUUAAUCAAAAUAUAAAAUCAUACAGUCUAUCACAAUUUUUUAACCCCUCUGUUGGUAAAAGGAAAUUUUUUCAGGUCAUCAAGAGGUUUAAGGUGACAUAGUGGUAAAGUUACUGUACAUAUAACUUGGACAGUAUGGGAUUAGUCCACGUUACAGAAUCAAGCAAUUGAGUUUAUGCUGUAAUGAGAAAUUUGUAACAAAGCACACCAACAGGUUCAUUGUCUUGUGACAGAGUUACUUUGUACUGUGUAAAUAGUGCAGAAAAAUUUAUUCCAGGCAAACGUAAUAAUAAUGUUAUAAUUGACUCGUGGCCAAGAAUGCCGGGGAGGCUAGUACACUGAGCCCCAACUUUGCACAAUGCAGGAAAGGUGGACUGCAUCUUUGGGGUCUGGAUUCCCUGCUCAUUUUCAACCUGUCCAAUAUAAGGUGACUUAUCACGUCCCAUUAAAUAUGGAAGGUACAUGUAUGAAGGAGACAACCUGGCCAAUGGUUUGAAGUCACUGACUAAAACCCUUGUCACUGCCUUAAAGACAGGGUGCAAAGAAAGUCAUUUUUACAGCUUGCCAUUCGGGCAAGCAGAAGCUAACAUUUACUAACCCAAACAUCAUUUCAACUAGCCUCAAAAACGUGUUGAUGAGCAGAUUGAUUUCACAGUUCUUCUGUAAUUUGAAUUCCUCAAAAAACUUCACUUGACCAUCGGGCAAGUUAAUAACAAAAUUCACUAGCCCGAUAGCAAAAUUCACUAGCCCCGGGCUAUCGGACACUACUUUCUUUGCACGCUCAGGUUGGUUAAUUGGUGGUGUGAAGACAGGGUUAUAAACCGCAGUAUCUGGCUCUUUCAACAGAUCAGCUGUCCUAGCUUUACAUGUAACUGAGCUAUAGUUAUAUUAACUGGAUGACAAUGUCCACAAAGGUGACCCUCUCACUUUUUAUCUUUCCCAGCCAGUGCAUCAUCGGUAACUUCCAAAAGGUCUGAAAAACUGGUACAACUCACUGAUCCAUCCAAGAUAACUGUAGAUGAAACUUCAUAUCAAGGCCCACAUGUAUCACUGCCGCUUACACUCCUUACUGUACGGAACAUCAUUGAACACUACAAGGCAAACAAGGUUAGUAUAAUUGAGUCUUAAAUUCCAUCUAUCAACUUGCAUUUUCCACACACUGUACUUACAUUGUAAUACAUUUCGUAUGGCACUUCAGGAUGGAGAAUUUGUGCAAAAUCCAAAUUGAUCCUUACUUGUGUGAAUCAGGUUUGUUGAUCAUUGCUUUCUGCCCUGAAAUGAAGGUUUUCUCCAUUCAAGGGCCACACAGAAAAGAAACUAAACACACUCCAAGCUAGAGAUAAUCUCUUACUCAGAUCUGUUUUUGAUCAAGCCAAAGGCAAGAUCGGGUAUAUGGAAAAACCGGAACCGGAGCGGGAGCCGGAGCCGGGAACGGAAACGGAAACGGAAAUGGAAACGGAAACAGAAACCGAAACCGAACCGGAACUGGAACCGGAACCUGAACCUAAGAAAUAAAACUUGGAGACGUUUCUGUCUUAAGAGUGUCACUAACAAUUAUUGCUCGAUCAAGACUUUUCAUCCCCACAUUAUGUUUAUUUAUUGUUAUUAUAUUUUUUACUGUCGCAUUUUUUGCGUACGGGGCAAAAUUUUUCUUUGAGAAUUUCAUAUACGCGUGAGUGUUGCAACUUGGGAUCAUGAUCGACAUGAGUACUCCUCCUCCCUUUGCCGCCUUUUCCUCACAAUGGAUGAAACACAGAGCCCUUUUAACCCAUUCGCCCUUGAACCGCCUGAAACCGCCCGUGCGGAUCCAGGUCCUUUCUACCCUUUGUGACGUCAUCAGUUUUAACGGUCAAGGACAACUUUCUUCGCUAACUUGUGCAGAGUGAAGAGAUCUUUCAAACCAUACCAGAAUGAGCACAAUUCAGUCAAGGACACCGGAGAAAGAAGCAAAAAACCACGCGACAAGGACCUGAAAAUCUCCAUGAAAAUCUUGUUCCAUUACCCACCUACCUUUCCUCUCACCUAAUCCUAAGAUCCUAAAAGCUUUCCUAAAAACUCUUCCCACCAAAAUGAAGCCUACUAAAUGCCCAGCAAGAGAAAAAAAAAUGAGGCAAGAAAAGCGAAAAAAGAAGGGAGGAGAGAAAGCGAAAAGUAAAAGUCAAGACUACUGUGUCACUUUUAAACCCAAAAACUAUGUCGAAAUUUUGCUUGCUGCGCAUGCCCGAACUUCGCGAGCUGAUAUUUUGCAUCUGGAUCAGAAGGCCGCCAAGUGUACGACCUGUAAACCGCUUUGUGGUAAGUUUUCGCUCUUUAUAGCACGACAGUGACAAGAAAACCACUCGACUAGCUUCAAAACGUGUUUUUCGGCAAAAUCUCCAGGAGCGAGUGGGUUAAGAAAUGAGUAACUUAGGCUCAAGAGAAGGAAAUGAAUAACACAGCAGUCUUAAACAUCACGUACUAAUAAUGGCUGUUUUUCGCAGUCAAUCGGCUUCUGAUCAGUUGUAGUCUCCAUCUGUCAAAAAUUGCUCGACCUACAGCUGCAGUCACAGUUUAUGACUGCUAGGAAUAACAGUAGGAUGCACUUACCUUUUUUUUGCAAGUCACUUUCCAAAUGUGAGUAUACCUUUGGUAUCACGAUCACUGUGCUGAAAAUUUCUCAAAACAAUGAUAACAGAGGAUGCUAUCUUGAAUUUUAUUCCCACACGGGUAUCGGGAACUGGUUUCAGUGCUUCCCAGUCUCAAUUUAAGUUCCGGUUCCGGUUCCGGUUCCAUUUUCAGCUUCGGUUCCGGAUUCCGGAUUUCGGCUUUUCCAUACGCCCGGCAAGAUCUGGUCAAGGUCAAUUUUGAUUAAUUCCCUCCUUCCUUCAGAGAGAACUAAUCUUUGUUCAUUAAGUCCUCUCUGCAACAUGGCAUAGCUGUUUUUUGUUUACGCUAAACCUUAAUUGUCUUUCUGAAGACAUCAAUGUUGUCACUAGCUCUGUAGUAAUAAGUAUGAAAAUUCCUCCUCACAACUAGGAAGGAGGAAUUUUCAUACUCCCUGACCAAUACUCUGCACUGUGAUAUCACAUGUGAUAGUCACUAAUCCUAUCUCUGCUUUGAAUUCAACAGACCCUACAUUUAAAGUACACCCUCCUCAUUCUUCGAGAAACAAGAGAGAAGCUCAUGGCUUUACCAAAUAUCUCCAAAGCUACCAUUAGGAUCACAAAACAAAUUACAAUCUGUGGUGAGUUACAAGUAAUAGAAAAACUGAUAUUGUUAUGUAUUUCAAAUUUACAGUCAAGCCAGGUCAAGCGUACCCCCCAAAAUUCCAUUAAUGAAUUUAUUAUUCGAAAGUUGAGUCCGUUGGCAGUUGUAGAUUUCAGAUUCAUCUCUACAUUCUUGCAUGCGUAAUGAGCCGUGAAUUCACAUGCGAUUCAUUUACGAAAUUUCUACCAGCUCAGUUUCCCUGAAUUUGAUGUAAAUGUUUUCAAAGAAUUUUAAUUCAUUCAAAGAUUUUCAGUCUGACCAAUUACAGACAAGUUCUCGUAAAUUAUUCACUGCUCAUUACGCAUGCAGUAAUUCCGAUUUGAAUUUGCACCAGUUACGGGAACCACUAACGGAUUCAUUUUUCAAAUAAUCAAUUCAUUAAUAGAAUCUUGGGGGGUACUCUUGACCUGUUUUGACUGUAAUGCUGGUGUGAAUUUCACAUGUCAGACUUAUAGUCUUUAGAAUUAAUCAACACAUUUUUGCAGGUGACCUCCAUGGAAAACUGGAUGACCUUUUCAUGAUUUUUCACAAGGCAAGUGAAUCUCAGCCUGACAGUAUUUUGACUGUCCCAAAUUUUGCAGUAACUUCUUUGUACAGUGUACAUCAUACUUCCCCUCCUCUUAAAUUACAGAAUACUGAACAUUUUUUAAUUUCGAUACAAAUAUUUUUUAAUACCUUUUAAUGCAAUAAGUCUGUUGUUAAGUUUGUGAAAGUGUUCUGGGUGGGUAUAUAAGAAAAAAGUCAAUUUUCCAGCUAUAUUUUUAGCACACUAGCGUGAGUUAUAAUGAGUUCAAGAUGGAUACAGUUCAAUACCUUCAGUUCAGCUUCAGUGUUUUGUCCUUUUGUUCUUCUCAUGUGUUGAUCUAAUGUUGGUUAUAAAAAAGUGAAAAUUCUGGGAAAAUAGAUCACUUACAGUUUGAUCAAUACCGUACCAUAAAUGACUUAUUAAACACCCAGGGUGUCUAUUUAACUCUAGGGGUCCAAGCAGAGGGAUUUAAUAGAUAGGAGGCAUUUAAAAGGGAGAGGCGUUUAUUCUCAUAACUGUAACAAGCUCAACAAAACUAAUAUGCUUUUGGAGAGAAUAUCAAGGGAAUUUAAAGUAGCGGAAUAUCCACUCCAUUAAUAAUUGAUUGAUAUUGAUAUAGGCCGUUUAGAGAUCCAUAUCACUCUUUCAAAUCCCAACAUCAGUCAAUGUCGGAAUCCUCUCUCAGGGUUAUUGUGUUGCCAUCGUUAGUCUAUCCUUACUUCGAACAUGACAUUGAACAAGAUGAAAUUAUGCAAAGCCUUGUUAAGCAAGCAAGAAGCUGAAUGAAUUGAAUGCUUUUGUUCCUGUUUGCUAAUUCCUAGUAUUUUGGAGUAAUUCUCAUAGGAGGUGUCUAAUAGACACAAGGCAUUCACUAGAGAGGGGCGUCUAAUACAGUUUUAACAGUGUUAGAGGGGGGCGUUUAUUCGAUUAGAGGCCGUUAUUUGGAAGUGAGUGUUUAUUAGGUCAUUUACAGUAUAAUAGUUUGUAGUCAAAUGUAAAGGUCACCAUUUCUACGCAGUGUACUCCAUCCUCUGCAUUAUUUUGAGGAAGUUGUAUUUCUUAUUUGUUUAAUUGAGUAGAUAAUCACUGGUUUAGUUUCCUUUUGUUUUCAGAAUGGACUUCCAUCAGCUGAAAACCCUUACAUUUUUAAUGGUGACAUUGUGGAUCGUGGACCUCACUCAGUAGAAAUUGCAAUAAUUCUAUUUGCAUUCUUUCUGCUGUAUCCGACGGGAGUCUACAUCAAUCGUGGUAACCAUGAAGACCAUAUCAUGAAUCUCAGGUACAUACACCUGUAGAACCCAUUAAUUAUACUAUCAAGAGUGAAAAGUGACUAUCCACCUUAUUCCUUUCCAUAUAAUGCUGCAUUAAUUCUAAAAUCAUCUAUUCCUUUUUAUCUCAUAGAUACGGAUUUGUGAAAGAAGUGAUUGGCAAAUAUAAGGUAAACUUUGUUACACCUUACCUUACACCUUUUGUUGGACAAAACAUGUAGGUAAAGAUUUCUGUUUAUUGUGGAAUUGCGCAUAGCUUUUCACUCAAAUAAGAAAAAAAGGAACCAGAAAACCCAAGCAAAUGCACUAUAGAACAGGACAGGGUAAAGAACCCCAACUGGCAAGAGGUAAUCAGUGUGGCCAAGGAUUUGAAUUCAAGAUGACCAUGAAGCAAAUCCCUCUUCAGGGUUCGCACAGUCUUAAAAAGUCCUUGAAUUUUAGGGGAAGUCCUUGAAAAGUCCUUAAAUUUCUGUGCAAGUCCUUGAAAAGUUCUCGAAAUUUUCUUCAACUUUGAACGUAUAGUGGCCUGGAAAGAAUUUUCUGAUGCUUUUUGGUUGUAAAAGAAUAUAAAUCAUAGCUCGGAGAAUUUAAAGGUUAUUUACAUAAAGUGCUCUAUGUUUUACUCAAUAAUUAACUAUCAGUUUAAGACAAGUGAACUGAAAAAUGUAGAGAAGUUGGUGAAGCAAACAGUUCAAGCCCUAAAGUCUUAUUAAUAAUAGACUGGGAAUGUGCAUUUUUGUACAAUCUCUUAAAUUAUACUCCUAGUAGGUGGCCCUUGAAAAUCUAAUGUGGUCCUUGAAAAGGCCUUGAAAAAUGGUUGCAAUUUUUUGUAUGAGCUCUGCUCUAGUGUUCAGUUAAUUGACGGCAGGACUUGAAUCUGGGGUUGCUGGACUGCAAGUUUGACAGGCAGACCACUCAGUCACGCUGCUCUCCUGGUGAAGGGAAGUUACAGGUUCUUUUCCUCAAAUUGUUUGAUUUUUCUGUUAUGUUGCAGGACCAUUCAUCAAAAGUCAUGAAGUUGUUUGAAGACAUCUUUGGCUGGCUUCCCUUGGCUACAGUUGUCAAUAAAAAAAUCCUUGUCGCUCAUGGUGGAAUCUCAAAUAUUACAGAUUUGUCUUUUAUCGACAAGAUUGAUCGCCAUAAAGUAAGAAUUUUGACUUUUUCAGGGCCCAGCAACCUUAACGCAAACCAAACACUCCUGGAGUACUCCCCUCCUGGGCAUCCCUCAUAGAAAAUCCAGGAAAUUUUCUUUAUGCUAUUGUUUUUCCUAAAAAUUAAAUUGAUUACUUAUUCUUAUUUUCUUAUACUUAAUUCCAGCCUCACUAUCUCUUUCUUGUUUUGUGUUAACUAGUAUGUAUCAGUUUUGAAGCCACCAAAUAUGGUCAAGCCUAACCCAGAUAAGGUCGACCUCAUGGAAUGGAGACAGGUAUUGUAUUAUUAAUUAUUAUUGUUAUUGUUAUUAUUAUUGUUAAAUUUACUGCCACAAUACUGUAUUAUAACGUUGAAAUCAAAUGGGUCACCUUUUGGAAGUUGAAAUAAGGCAAGUUUCAAUCCAUUUUGUGUACUCUGUUUUGUUGUUGUUGUUGUUGUUGUUGUUGUUGCCAUAAGAUGUCACAGUGUCAUUGGGUACAAAAAUGUUGAUACCUUGUUAGACAUUGAAUUUCAGAGACCACCAUGUUGUGGAAGUCAGGGUUGACUACUUAAGGGAAAAUUUAAUGUGUCCAGGAACAUUGAAGUGUAUUUCAGCACUAACUUAGAGAGUACUUGAGUACUACAAUAAAUCAACAAAUAUGCAUGAAGAACAAACAGUACUAUUUCCCUUAGAAUAUGGCCCAUUAUUUGAGUUUAUUAAUCUCGAUUUUUUAAGAGUUGUAUCUGAGCUACAUUUACAGCAACUGAACUAAAAGAAUUCACCUGACAUAAUCUUGAUGCAUGUAUUUCUAUGAAUAUUUAUAGAUAGAGGAUGUGACAUGGUCACUUGGAGAUAUGAACUUUCUCUUCGAUCACUUGUUGAUAAAUAUUUCAUGAGUGAGGGCAGCAAACAAGUAAAAUACUUUUCAACACGAGAAAAGAAAUUUUGUAUCUCCAAGCAACCAUGGUAUGUUCUAUCUAUUAUGUAAACACCAAUGGAAUACCAAAUCAUUUUGCUAUAAUAUUUUUUUACUGCGGAAGAAGCAAUUUAUUACAUAACCAUAGCAACAGUGAUCUUUUCACAAGAAAAAUAACUUUUUAUUUGCACAUGUGAAGAUAUCAUGUCUUUGCAUGCAACUUUACCUGGUAUUUCAUCGUUGUUUGCAUAAUAAGAAUAAUAAUUAAAAUACCAAUAGUUAAGCAAUAGAAAACGUUUUCCAUGUUUGCAUAGCCUGAUAUAAACACGAGAGGAGUUGGGAGAAUUCGCGACAGUUAUGCAAACCCGAGACGAAGUUGAGGGUUUGCAUAACCGUCGAGAAUUCGCCCAAUGCCUCGAGUGUUUAUAUCAGGCUAUGCAAACACAGGAAAAAAGUUUUCUAUUGCUUUUAUACAAUAACUUUCCCGAGAAAAAAACGCAAAACUCUUUGUAUGGCACUGAUUAAAAGAGAAAUUCUUACCUAUUGCAAAAUCUUGUCCACGAAGUCUUGAAGGCGUAAUCAGUUCUUGUUUUGCAAAAAGAUGCUUUGCAAAAUAUGGAUUUUUCUCGCUUAAAAUGUCAACUUAAGCGAAGAAAAAUUGACUCACCUUCUUUGUAGCGAUUUUCCAUGUUUCAGCCAACGAAGGAAUGGGUAAAUAAAGUAAACUUGUUGAGUUUUGAACUCGAAAACUUUUUCAAAUUUGUGUCUGCGUGAUUAGCGCACGAAAAGCCAAACAACUUGACGCCACAACCAUGUUUACAUACUCUCAUGCAAACACUCCUCUCGGCCAAUCAGAACGUGCGUACUAUCUUAGUUAUUUUAUAAUUAAUAUUAAUAAUUAAUUAAAAUAAUCGUAAUAUUAUAUUAAUUAUAAUAAUUAUAUUAUUAUUUGUGCAGAUACUGGAUCUUCUUUGGAGUGACCCAAAGCCAUUACCAGGUUGCAGACCCAAUACCUUCAGAGGAGGUGGCUGUUACUUUGGACCUGAUAUCACUGAGCGCAUCUUAAGGAAACAUGAUCUGGAGUUGUUAGUUCGCUCACAUGAGUGUAAAUAUGAAGGAUAUGAGUACAUGCAUGGAAAAAAGGUAAGGGACAUCAAGAGUACCUCAAGUAAAAAUUCAGAAAAAACACCUAGUUUCAUUUCAUAAAAAUUAUACAGAAAAAAUAGUGCUAUGUGAAAGUACUGUGGAAGAGGUUUAAUUUGAAUGGUCACACCAUAGGAUUUUAUCCACAGACUAAAAAGUUUGAACUAUAAGCAAAACUAAUAGUGCUAUGUGAAAUUAGUAAAAUCCAACUCGUGGUCUAUUAUCAAUGGUGUGCUCUGAUUGGUUGAGCUACCACUAGGCUUUAUGUUAUAGCCCGCUAGUAGCAAAAAGUGCCGGCUUUAAAAACCAAAACAAUGGUGGCUGAAUCGCGUUUUGCUAGCUAAAGUUGUUUUGUCUCAAUAUUUUAGAGCAACUAGUUGGAUUUUACUAAAACAAUAAUUAUUAUUCCUCUCACCCUCCUGGCGGCUAAGUCAAUAGCCCAUUCAGGCUCGAGGAAUAAUUGUUAAAUAUUGCUAAAUAGGUUUCAUUUGAAUGGUCACACCAUAAGAUGUCAUCUUAAGAUUCAAAAGUUAGAUCUAUACAGACAAAACAAAUAGUACCUUGUGAAAGUACUGCUGAAGAGGUUUCAUUAUAAUAAUUAAUGCUUGGAGCAAAGACAGUUGAGAGAUAUGUGACUGUUAUAAAAGUGAGCCAGAUUUCUGUUCACUCCGACGCGUAUUAGUUCUGUGACUACCUAGGGAGCCCAAGCCUUAUUAGCCUCUUGAUUUCUUCUGGGCUUUCUUGCCAGUUUAUCAUUUUUGUAUUCAUUCAUAUUUUUCUUCCUUUGCCAAAAUAAGUGAACUGGGUGAAUGAAUGGAUGCAAUAAACUGUCGCUGUCUAAAGAGCUGUUUUGCUUUCCUGUUAUUUCUUCAAUUCUGUUUUAAAGAAUUCCUUUUUAUUUUUCCAAAUAGGUUAUAACAAUAUUUUCAGCCUCAAAUUACUAUGAGCAGGGAAGCAACAGAGGGGCGUACAUGAAGAUUGGACCAGAUAUGAAGCCUUACUUCGUCCAAUACCAAGUAUCCAAGACAAAGAAGCAUCUUACACUUAAACAAAGGUUUGUUCGCACUCGUUGACUACAACAGAGAGGAAUUAUUUUUAUCAUGGCAAGGGAUUGAACAAAUCAAAUCAAAGGAAAAAAGCAUAAACCAUUAAUCCUUUAACCUCCUUUGUCUUAAAAGCACCCCCCCCCCCAACUUUCCUUGACUCUCACCCCCAUUUCGAGGAAGAAAGUCUUAGCCCAAUUCUCUUUCACAACCAUUAUUUAUGAAUGUUAUUAUUCAUCUAUUUAUUUAUUUACACAACCACUUCUUACGUCAGAUUACAGUGUUACAUUCAAUUUGAGAUAAAAUUCAUAGAACCAUGAUACAUGAGUGUGACAUCUUGAUAAUCAGGUUUUCAUGGUCUUUUUUUUUCUCUAGGGUUGGUAUUGUGGAAGAGUCGGCUAUACGAGAGCUAAAAGAAAGAUUAUAUGCGAACAAAACAGCGUUAAUGGCAGCAUUUCUCGAAAGAGACAAAGAAAACACAGGUACGAAUUCACAGUAUUGCUUUUGGGCGCUACCCGUGCUUUCAUCUUCCUUAGUAGACUUUUGGAUGACUGGUAUUUGCUUUAUGUCAAGUUUUUUCACCAAGCACCAAAAUUCGUCAAAACUCGCAACUUUCAUUUUGUACCAUGUGAAAGUACUGCUGAAGAGGUUUCAUUUGAAUGGUCAGACCAUGAGUUUCAUCCACAGACUCGAAAGUUAGAACCACAUAUACAAAACAAAUAGUACCAUGUGAAAGUACUGCUGAAGAGGUUUCAUUUGAAUGGUAACACCAUAGGAUUUCAUCCACAGACUCAAAAGUUUGAACUUCAUUCAAAACAAAUAGUACCAUGUGAAAGAACUGUUGAAGAGGUUUCAUUUGAAUGGUCGCACCAUAGGGUUUCCUCUAUCAACUCAGAAGUUUGAGAACGUACAAAGCAAAUACUGUAGUACCAUGUCAAAGUAGUACUCAAGAGGCUUUACUUGAAUGGUCUCACCAUAAGAUUUCUUACACAGACCAAAAAGAUAACUGAACUACGUAGCUUGUCAUCUUAUUCGACUCCUCAGUGAAAGCGUGGAUUAAUAAUUCUUGUUGUUAUAGGCUACAUUACUGGUGGUCAGUGGAGCAGUGCAGUAGAGAGCGUGUUGAAGUUAGACGUACCAUGGAAUAUGUUAAGACAUCAACUUGCUCAUGUUCUCCCAGACGGCAGAGUGGAUUAUCUCUCGUGUCUGGAUCAGUAUGUCAUUGAAACAGGACUACAAAAGGCAAGGAACAGUUUGCUUGAAUUACGGUAUUUUUUCGAUUAAACCCCGUGGGCGCUUUUUAAAAAGCGAGAUUCGUUCCCUAUCGCCUCACCCAUUUUCGCGCUCGGCUUAGAACUGCGUCAUGCAGUAUAUUGUAAUGGUACUUGCAGACAUUGCAAGAUAGUAUAAAUUAACAAUGCUGCAAACGUAUCUGCACCUGUCAUUAAACUGCUUGGUGUUACCACUAUGGGGCUGAUUUAGGGACGGACCAUUAGAAAACUUAUGGGGGGGGGCGGGCGAAGUACAAAAAAAAAAUUCGCGCAAGGGAAAAUUAAAUGAAAAAAAAUUCUUGCACGCCGAUUAACCCUAAAAAAUAUUCAUGCUAUGGCCUAAAAAAACUUCAUACAAGGAAUUUGAUAACGAAAAAAAAUUCCUGCGGCUCGAAAAUUCCCCUCCCCCCCCAUAACUUUUCUAAUGGUCCGUCCCUUAUGAAGAGAACGGAAAUGUCAGUUGACAACGGCGCGUGCAAAUCAAACAACUGGCGUGAUCAGUGGCAGAGCAGCAAAUUGGGCACCGGAAGUUGCGUUUAGUCCCUUUCCGCGCUCUUUCCCGCCCUCAGCUGACGUUCCCCUUCCGUUGCCAAAUCAUGAUUCACGCAACCCUCCCACGGAAUUGUGUGAAGCAUGCCAACGUACGGAAGAGAAAAGCGGACUGCAAGCAGUCUAGUUACAUGUAUGAAAGUUCUGUUUUCUUCUCUCUUUGUAGAAUGGCCCAAGUAUCACUGAAACACUUUAUAGGAAUAGAUCCAACUUGGAAACAAUAUUCCGAAUGAUGGAUAAAGAUAACUCAGGUACGAUGCAUGACGCGAACAGUUCUUUGUUCUUUAGUGAAUGAGGAAGCGUAAUACUGGCGUUCAGAACAAAAUGAACUAGAUCCGUCCCUUUAAUUCCUUUCAUUGUUCAUUCAAAAUAUUUCCCCCAUUCUGAUUGGCUAAAAGCACACGCAUAAUUCACCAUAACCAGCUAGUCAUGACCAAAUUUGGAAGAAGUUUGUGAUUAAUCAACCGAUGACGUCAAAGGUGCAGCUUCCUUGCAGGUUAAUGCACCGUUAGCCGAGAAAACCUGGGGACGAGGUUGAGUUGUUUUGGUUGUGAAAACAAAAAUGGCGGACAUUUCACUAGUUUCAAGAGUAAGAACUAGGCGAAAUAAUAGCUAAAAACAUGGCAAGAACAGCAAGAAGACAACUCGAAGGGCGACAUCUGCUAUUUGGAGAAUGUUUGCGGAGCUGAACAACCCUAAACGUCCACUAUCGAAGAUGAACUUAACAUCGAUGGAGGUAAGCUAUUUUAGCUAUGUUUUUAAACUAGGAAUUAUUCUGAAUGAAUAAAAAAAACAAUUAUUGAAUUCGGCUUUCGUAUCAUAUGAAAAAUUGUGGAGAUCUCGGAGGGUGACUUUAAUUCUUUAUAAGAUACUCAGCCUCAUUCAUUAAUUGUUAAAUGUAUCUAUGAUCUAUCCUACAGGUUUAGUGUCGAUGGAAGAAUUUGAGGAGUGCUGUCGUCUGUUAAACGAGCACACAAAUUCAAACAUCCCUUUGGACUCAAUCGAAGACUUGGCGAAAAGCAUUGAUAUGGAUAAAGACGGACACAUCGAUUUUAAUGAAUUCUUGGAGGCAUUCAGACUCGUCGACAGUUCGAACUCGGCUGUUACAGCAUCGGCUUUGUCUCUGAAACGCCCAUCACCCGUGAACUCGAUACAUAUUAUUUCCUAG